UUUAGAACAGUGGUUCUCAAUCUUUUUAGUACCGCGGCCCAAAUUUACCCUGAAAAAUCUUUCGCGACCCACAUGGUUUGACUUUUCAAAAAGUAGUUAUAAAAAACAAAAUUUGUAUUAUAUAAAUAUGUAUAAAUUUGUAAUAUAUAUUUAGUAUUUUAUAGGUUUAUAACCAAUUUAUUUUUAUAAAUGUACUUUUAAUAAUGAGGUGUAUGCGAAAUAUGUGCUUGUUUUCUGUUAUGGUUAAUAACAGCAUUGACAUCAUAAUUCAAAAAAUUGUUUACGACCCACUAAAAAUUGACUGACGACCCACCAGUGGGCCGCGACCCACACUUUGAGAAACGCUGCUUUAGAACAUUAUUACUACUAGAUGAUAUAUUAACGGGUUUAAAUUCACAGAUAAUUUAAUUUUUAUUGGUAAAUAAAAUAAAUCAAACUAUCAGCAAGUUGUUUAUAUCUUUAGGUAUUAUUACUUAAUUUGAGACAACAAACAUAAUAUUUCAUCAAACACUAUAGUACCGCAUUGAAGACUAACUACUUGAUCGAAAAUGUCUUUUCAAUCAUUAGAUCUUCUCUUACAACAAGCAGAUGUAUCGGAAAAUAAAAAUUUUACAAAAAAAUCAGACAAGAUUAAUUUACAAACACCAUUUGGCUUGAAUGAUUUGAUGUUUGAUGACAAUGAGUUAUAUUCUUGUGAUCAAGAUAUUACAUCUUCAAUGUCACAACUACAUCUUAAUAAUCAAGUGACUGGUGAAUGCCAAAACAUAUCAGAUUAUAUAAGCAAACAUUUAUCAUUAUUAUCUUCGGAUGAACCUAAACUUUCAGUUGUUGAAAAUACUAAUAAAAUUGAACCAAAACUACCUCUUUCUGACGUGAAAAAUGGGAGUUUCAAUAAUAUUAAAUGUGAAGAUAAAACUAACUCUAAACAACCUCUAAACAAUAAAGGUAGCUAUGUAAAAAAAUACAAAAUAUUUCGUACUAAAUCAUUAGCUAAGGUGCGGAAAUCACCUUUAGAAAAACCAGAUUCAGGUUUAAGUUUAACAUUGGGACGAAAAUACCCAAAAUCAAGUUUAAACUUAAUGAAUAAUUAUCUCUGUAAUGUAUUGAUCGAAACGCGAAGCCGCGGGUUCAAAUUUAACACCCCUUCUCCGGACGAAUCAGUGUUAUCUUGGAUGGAUAUUGUAAGACAAAUGCCCAAUAAAUAAAUAAAUAAAUAAGUGUUAUUGUGCUCCUAAAUAAAUUAUUUGUAACUUAAUACUGUUAUAUGUAUUAUUUUAGCAAAUUGAUUAAAACUGAAAAUGAAUAAUGAAUAAUACUGACAAGUGAAAAAUCAUAAAAUAUCAUUCAGUUUUUAUCAAUAAUCUCUUCUAUAAAUGUAAUAAAUGUAAAUAUAUUUGUAUAAAUCAUAGGCAAAAAUGUAAUAUGUUAGUUAUUUACAUAAUUGUAAAUACUAUAUUAUAAAUUAACAACUAAUUUAAUAUUGACAUUUUGAGAUAUUGUUAAUUUUAAGAUAUUUAUAUUUUAAAUAAAUGGUGUAUUUAAUA